CGGAAGUCGGCGGGUUCUCCGGUGUGUGUCUGAGUCUGUCUGUGUCUCGAAGCGGCGUGCGGCCCGGGGCAAGCGUGAUUCCCAGAUUCCCAUCUGAGGCGUCACCACUGUCACUACCAUCACCCACGGAGCCACUACUAGAGGGGAGUAGACCCGGCCCUUCGCCGGGCAGAGAAGAUGUUGCCCCUGUCCAUCAAGGACGAUGAAUACAAACCACCUAAGUUCAAUCUGUUCGGCAAGAUCUCAGGCUGGUUUAGGUCUAUCCUGUCGGACAAGACGUCUCGGAACCUGUUUUUCUUCCUGUGCCUGAACCUCUCUUUCGCUUUUGUUGAACUACUCUACGGCAUCUGGAGCAACUGCUUAGGUUUGAUUUCCGACUCUUUUCACAUGUUUUUCGAUAGCACUGCCAUUUUGGCUGGAUUGGCAGCGUCUGUUAUUUCAAAAUGGAGAGAUAAUGAUGCUUUCUCUUAUGGGUAUGUUAGAGCAGAAGUUCUGGCUGGUUUUGUCAAUGGCCUGUUUUUGAUCUUCACUGCUUUUUUUAUUUUCUCAGAAGGAGUUGAGAGAGCAUUAGCCCCUCCAGAUGUACACCAUGAGAGACUGCUUCUUGUUUCAAUUCUUGGGUUUGUGGUAAACCUAGUAGGAAUAUUUGUUUUCAAGCAUGGAGGUCAUGGACAUUCGCAUGGCUCUGGCCAUGGACACAGUCAUUCCCUCUUUAACGGUGCUCUGGAUCAGGCACAUGGCCAUGGAGAUCAUUGCCAUAGUCAUGAAUUGAAACAUGGUGCUGCACAUAGCCAUGAUCAUGCUCAUGGACAUGGACUCUUUCAUUCUCAUGAUGGCCCCUGCUUAAAAGAAACAACAGGACCCAGUAGACAGAUUUUACAAGGUGUAUUUUUACACAUUCUAGCAGAUACACUUGGGAGUAUCGGUGUAAUUGUCUCUGCCAUCAUGAUGCAGAAUUUUGGUCUAAUGAUAGCAGACCCUAUUUGUUCAAUCCUUAUAGCCAUGCUCAUAGUUGUAAGUGUUAUUCCUCUUUUAAGAGAGUCUGUUGGAAUAUUAAUGCAGAGAACUCCUCCCCUUUUGGAAAAUACUCUCCCUCAGUGCUAUCAGAGGGUGCAGCAGUUGCAAGGAGUUUACAGUUUACAAGAACAGCAUUUCUGGACCUUAUGUUCUGAUGUUUAUGUUGGGACCUUGAAAUUAGUAGUAGCACCUGAUGCUGAUGCCAGGUGGAUUUUAAGCCAAACGCAUAAUAUUUUUACUCAGGCCGGAGUGAGACAGCUUUAUGUACAGAUUGACUUUGCGGCCAUAUAAAUGAAUGAAAAGAAAUUAUGCUUUUGGGGGGACCUAAUUUUUUCUGGUACUGUACAAUCCUAAUCAUGGUACCUAGCUUUUUAAAAAGAGAAAUCAUCACUACAACUCCCCAGCACCAAGUAGACCAGGUAGAGUCAGCCGAUUGUGCUCUGCCAGGAGUUUACAACUAAGGGAUCAGAAUUAAGAGGAUCUCUCCUGGACUUUUGGUCUUCUGUGCUUCUCCCCUCCAAACCAUUUUGAUUUCUGAGGUUUCUAGUUUUGUUCCAGGGUAUUGUUUUCUGUUUGUUUGUUUCCUUUAUUUUUUCAUUUCAAAUGCCCUCACUCCCACCCCUCAUCCUAGCCAGUAAGAAAUUCAGACAGUGGGCCUCUAAUCAUCUGGAAUGUCUUCACUGAAGCUGCUGGAAACCACUGCUUUCAUUCCCAGAAAACCAGUGUUAUUUAAAAAAAAAAAAAAAAAGAAAGAAAAAUGGAAAUCUGCUUUAUAUGUAAUGUCACAGUUGUUGACGUUCUUCAGUAUAAUCACGUUUGUAAAAUUGUUUGUACCUUGCAAACUUAUGAACCAAACCAUAUUGGGUUUUCAAAGUGCCUUUGUAUCAGAAAAUGUAUUUGCCAGCAUAGAAAUGUACCAUCAAAGGUCAUGCAUGUGUUUUUUUUUCAAAUGGGUAUUCUGUAUUCUGUACAAAAUAAGACUCUUCUUAGUAAUGUAUACAGAUGUCUUUUUGUGUACUUGCAGCAUAGGUUUAGAUAUAUAAAAAUCUGCCUUUUAUUGCUUUAUCCCAUCAAAAAAUAAAAGGUGUUAUUUUGCUUUUUAAA